AUGGCUUUGGAAAAAAUAAUUAAUUAUUACAAAAAAUGUUUAGCAACUGCCAAUGAAAAUCGUGAUCCGUCAGCAAUUGCAAUUAACAAUGAACAUUUGGGCAAUGCCUAUCUUACUUUGGGAGAGUACAGAAUGGCUUGUGAGUAUUACGAAAAAUGUUUAGAAAUUUGCACCGAAAUUGGCGAUUGGCGUGGAGUAGCAGGAUGUAGUAUAAAGUUAGGAGCAACUCAUGUUAAAUUAGCCCAAUAUGAAAAAGCGAUAAACUAUUACAAUAAAAGUUUAGAAAUAAGUACCAGAAUUGGCAAUUCCUCAAACAUAGCAAUAAGUAAUUGCGGUCUGGGUGAGGCCUAUUGUUACGUAGGGAAGUAUAGAAAAGCUAUUAGCUAUUGCCAAAAAGGGUUAGAAAUUAGCACUGCUACUGACAAUCAGUCAGGAAUAGCGAUGGCCAAUGUCGGCUUGGGUACUGCCUACUUUGGAUUAGGAGAAUAUAAUAAGGCGACUGGCUGUUUCAAAACAAGUUUAGCAAUAAGCACUGUUUUGGGCGAUCGGUUAGGAAUAGCCACUAGUAAUGGCAAUUUGGGCAAUGUCUAUCAUAGCUUAGGAGAACAUGACAAGGCUAUUGGCUGUAUCAAAAAAGCUUUAGAAAUAAAUACUGCUAUUGGCGUUCAAUCAAGAAUAGCAAAAAAUAAUAGCGGUUUGGGUGAAGUCUAUUAUCGUUUAGGAGAGUAUAAAAAGGCUAUUGGCUAUUUCAAAAUUAGUUUGGAAAUUAGCACUGCUAUUGACGAUCGGUUAGGAAUAGCAACUGCGAAUUGCCAUUUGGGCAUUGUCUACCAAUGUUUAGGGGAAUAUCAGAAAGGCAUUACCUGUUUAAAAAAAAGUUUAAAUAUAAACACUGCUAUCGGCUGCCAGUCAGGAAUAGUGACUAACAAUUCCAAUUUAGGUGGUAUCUUUUAUUGUUUAGGGCAGUAUGAGAAGUCUAUUGACUAUUACAAGACAGGUUUAGAAAUAAGCAUUGCUAUUGAGGAUCAGUCAGGAAAAGCAAGUAUUAAUGGCAGUUUGGGCGGUAUCUAUCUACAUAUAGGAGAGUAUGAAAAGGCUAUUGACCAUUACAAGAAUAGUUUAGAAAUAAACACUGCUAUUGGCGAUCGGUCAGGAAUAGCAAUUUGCAUUGGCAAUUUGGGCAUGGCUUAUCAAGAUUUUGAAAAAUAUCAGAAAGCUAUUGACUAUUACGAAAAAAGUUUAGAAAUAAGCACUGCUAUUGGUGAUCGGCUAGGAAUAGCAACUAACAAUGGCAAUCUGGGUAAUGCCUAUUUUAGUUUGGGAGAAUAUCACAAGGCUCUUGACUACUACAAAAAAUGUUUAGAUUUCAGCUCUGAAACUGGUAGUUUGUCCGAAAUAGCGAGUGCCAAUUCCAAUCUGGGAAAUGCAUAUCGAGGUUUGGGAGAGUAUAAAGUUGCCUUAUCAUACCUAAUGAAAUCAAUUACACUGUUGGAUAAAAUUCUCUUAAACUUGGUUCCAGAUCAAGAUAAACUGUCGUUCGCAAAACAAUAUUACGGUUGUCAUCAACUUUCAAUGAGCUGUUUCCUUUCUUUAGAACGUAAUGAAUCCGCAUUAUUGGUCAUUGACCUUGGCAAGGCUAAAGCUCUACAUUGCUGUGUUGAGAAGCAUAAGAAUUUUGUGGAGGAGGACAUAGUCCAUUAUGCGCAGGCGAUAUGGAAUAAGAUUGAGGCCAGAGAAGAACAAAUGGAAUUAAAAGAAAUACAAGAAACGUUUUAUCUGGAAGAAAAAAAUACUUCAAUUUUAGUAUUCGCAUUUGACCGGGAAUGUAAUCUGAAUGUUUGGAUUUUAAAUGGCGAAUUUAGGUUUAGAAAAUUAGAUAGCCAUUUUAAAACAUGUGUGGGGCUAAUUGUGGAGCUUUUAAGCAGGCUAAAUGUCACUGUAACUCGAAAUUUUUCGUUUUUCAAGCUUGAUUCAGUUUCUAAUAAUAAUAAUUGCCAAAACAUUAUUCCCUUGAAAAUGCAAAGCGAGAAAUCUGCACCUAAAAAUGCAGUUGAAUAUAUUGAAAAUUAUGGCAAUUUUAAUAUUUCCAAGAUUUUAGAAAAAUUGUUUCAACUCUUAAUUGACCCUGUAAAGGAUUUUAUUCGAGGCAACAAGCUUAUUAUUGUCCCUGACCAGAAACUGUUUUUCGCUCCGUUUUCUUCCUUGAUUGAUGAAAAUGGCCGUUAUUUAUCAAAUAGUUACAGCAUUCAAAUCACGCCUUCAUUGCACACUUUGAAGUCUAGCUUGGAACGACCUCAUGUCUCAAGCUUUGGUUUUGCGUUGUUUGUUGGUAAUCCAACCUGUGGAAAAGUGUCUUUAUAUGAUAAAGAAUUUAUACCAUCUGACCUACCUAGUGCUGCUGAAGAAGUUAAAUAUCUUUCAAAGCUCUUUCAAGCUACCCCGUUGUUAGGACGCGAUGCCAGAAAAAAUGUGGUAUUGCAACAUCUAAGUCGGGCUAGUAUUAUCCAUAUUGCUGCACAUGGGGAACAAAAUCGAGGUGAAAUAAUGCUUGCGCCAAAUUCUACCCAGCGCCAGACGAGUUCCUCUGUUUCCAAGCCAGAGUCGUACCUUCUUACACAAAAAGAUAUUACAAAUAUUUCUUUGCAAGCUCGUCUUGUAGUUUUAUGCUGUUGCCAUACGGGGCAAGGUGAAAUUUCCUCUGAAGGUGUCAUAGGAAUUACUCGAUCAUUUCUUGCUGCUGGUGCCCGCUCUGUUCUAGCCGCACUAUGGCCAAUUGAUGACAAUGCUACGAAGAAGUUUAUGGAAACAUUUUACACCGAGCUUUGCAACGAAAUAUCAGUUUGCGAAGCUUUAAGAAAGACAAUGAACGUCUUCCAGGCUCACGAAAAUGAGGAGUUUCGAUCGUUUAGGAUCUGGGCUCCAUUUACCAUCUAUGGAGAAGAUGUGAAGUUUCAAAAAAACGAGAUUGAAAAAAUAAGAGAAAAAUCUCGUGAAAUGUUUUCAGAUUUCGUUAUAUUGCCUUAG